AGGGGCUCGAUGGUCUACCCCACGUGUUGCCCCACCCACGAGACAGGUGUGGCUUUAGGAUGACCUGGUAUUCAAAUAGAUCGGUUGGAAAAUUUUCCUCACCUGAACUAUCCUCCUCUCCUUGUCACCUCCCUCCUCUCACCACAAUGAGGAGUUAUGCUGUGUUUUUUUAGCCAGUCAAAUAUAGCAGUGGGGGGUUGUAUAUCAAUUUUAGUGACACUAAUGUUUAUUAAUAAGUUCUGAUAACCCACUACCAUCGGACCAGCCGGAGUUACACAGUUGUUUGACAGCAGGGUGUCUCUGGACUUGGGGAUGGGUGGAGUGGGCUGGGUCCGGCACGGUGGGGUAUUAGAGAAUUAAAGUCUCUAGUUGGAUGUUUGAAGACUCAUUUUCUUUUUUUGUCUCUUCUGUCUCUUUUGUGUCUGUGUACGUGUACAUACCCCUCCCUAAGACUCCCGAAGCCCAGACAGCUCCUCCCCAAAUCCCCUUCCCCAGGGAGUCCCUCCCCCUUCUCCUCCUGGACCACCCCUACCCCCUUCAACAGCUCCAUCCCUUGGAGGCUCUGGAGCCCCACCCCCACCUCCGAUGCCACCCCCCCCACUGGGCUCUCCCUUUCCAGUCAUCAGUUCUUCCAUGGGGUCCCCUGGUCUGCCCCCUCCAGCUCCCCCAGGAUUCUCCGGGCCUGUCAGCAGCCCCCAGAUUAACUCAACAGUGUCACUCCCUGGGGGUGGGUCUGGCCCCCCUGAAGAUGUGAAGCCACCAGUCUUAGGGGUCCGGGGCCUGCACUGUCCACCCCCUCCAGGUGGCCCUGGGGCUGGCAAACGGCUAUGUGCAAUCUGCGGGGACAGAAGCUCAGGCAAACACUAUGGGGUUUACAGCUGUGAGGGUUGCAAGGGCUUCUUCAAACGCACCAUCCGCAAGGACCUUACAUACUCUUGCCGGGACAACAAAGACUGCACAGUGGACAAGCGCCAGCGGAACCGCUGUCAGUACUGCCGCUAUCAGAAGUGCCUGGCCACUGGCAUGAAGAGGGAGGCGGUACAGGAGGAACGUCAGCGGGGAAAGGACAAGGAUGGGGAUGGGGAGGGGGCUGGGGGAGCCCCCGAGGAGAUGCCUGUGGACAGGAUCCUGGAGGCAGAGCUUGCUGUGGAGCAGAAGAGUGACCAGGGCGUUGAGGGUCCUGGGGGAACCGGGGGUAGCGGCAGCAGCCCAAAUGACCCCGUGACUAACAUCUGUCAGGCAGCUGACAAACAACUAUUCACGCUUGUUGAGUGGGCGAAGAGGAUCCCACACUUUUCCUCCUUGCCUCUGGAUGAUCAGGUCAUAUUGCUGCGGGCAGGCUGGAAUGAGCUCCUCAUUGCCUCCUUCUCCCACCGAUCCAUUGAUGUUCGAGAUGGCAUCCUCCUUGCCACAGGUCUUCAUGUGCACCGCAACUCAGCCCAUUCGGCAGGAGUAGGAGCCAUCUUUGAUCGGUCCCUCUCCAGGGUGCUGACAGAGCUAGUGUCCAAAAUGCGUGACAUGAGGAUGGACAAGACAGAGCUUGGCUGCCUGAGGGCAAUCAUUCUGUUUAAUCCAGGUAAGAGGAGGAUUACCUUUGUCUCUCAAGGCCAAGGCAACCUUGGAGCCUCCUCUUCUCCGAGACUCCUAAGUUACCCAGCUAUCCCCCUCAGUAAGACCCUCAACCUGGAAAUCUCCCAACUGGCCAAGGAAAAACCCACAUCCACGGAUCCAUCCCACAAACCCAGUGGGCCCUGCUUCCCUUGCCAGGCCUCUGGUAAAGGGCAAGCAAAUGCAGCCCAAAAGGGGCAUCCUGUGACUGACAUCCACACGGCCAUCCUGAUUUGGUUUGUCUUCAUUUCUCUUCCUCCUCUCUUCCCUGCCAUCCCAGAUGCCAAGGGCCUCUCCAACCCUAGUGAGGUGGAGGUCCUGCGGGAGAAAGUGUAUGCAUCACUGGAGACCUACUGCAAACAGAAGUACCCUGAGCAGCAGGGACGGUUUGCCAAGCUGCUGCUACGUCUUCCUGCCCUCCGGUCCAUUGGCCUUAAGUGUCUAGAGCAUCUGUUUUUCUUCAAGCUCAUUGGUGACACCCCCAUCGACACCUUCCUCAUGGAGAUGCUUGAGGCUCCCCAUCAACUGGCCUGAGCUCAGACCCUGACGUGGUGCUUCUCACACUGGAGGAGCACACAUCCUAGAGGGACUCCAAGCCCUGGGGCAGGGUGGGGGGCCAUGUUCCCAGAACCUUGAUGGGGUGAGAAGUACAGGGCAGAACCAAGAACAUAAACCCUCCAAGGGAUCUGCUUGAUAUCCCAAGUUGGAAGGGACCCCAGAUCCCUGUGAAGACUGGUUGUUUCCCUUCAGUGGCCUUGAGUCUCUGAAUUUGUCGGGGUCUCCCGUGAUUUGGGGUGAUUUCUCACCCUCUGUCCUUCCCCCAGCACAAAGCACUGGCCCUGCCUCCAGGACCUUGCUUCCUUCUCAUCUUGCCUCAUUUUGCUUCCCAUCUGAAGAGUGGAAAUGGGGAACUCCCCCAGAGGUGGAUAUUGGGGGGCAGGCCCCCCAAACUGAUGGACAUGAGAGUAGGGCCUGACAGGCCUUCCUCUUCUCAAACCUGGCAGAUGGGGGCCUCUCUGGAAGAGGGAGGGGCCCUGUUACUGUCCAGAGUCUCUUUUUACACUUCACCUCCUUCUGCAGUCAGACUGAAAUAUAAAAAAGGUGGUGGUGGUGGUGAAGGGGCUGGUGGAGAUGUAUGAACCGAUCUGCUAUUUUUAAUUUCCUCUGAGGAUAGAGACUUGCAGUUAGACUCAAAGAAGUACUGUACUUUCCCAGGUUGACUAAGAAAUGCCAGUGGUGGAGGUGGGUGUUUGGGAAAGGCAGGGCCCUGAAAUGGCCUGUCUCUAGGGCUCUCCAAGCACUAGCCUUCCCAGCUUUCCCCCUCCCCAUCUCUUCUGUCUAACUUGGGGAAGGGGCCUGGGCUGUGAGGACAGGGCCCCCACAGGGGAUGUUUUCCUGAGUGUAGUCCCGGAGGCCUUCCCUUCACAGCUCUCCUCCAGCCCUGGGCACAUAGCAUAGGUUGGGGACACAGGAUCCUGGCCUGAGAAUUGAGGGGAGGUGGCCAGCCCGCAGAGGUGGGGUGCUGGGGCUGCAUGAUUUUUGCCCUGCGUCCUUUCUCUUUGGGGCUCCUUUCCCCUCUCACUCAUACAUAAAAUCGCUUUCAAAUUAAAAUCGCUGUUUUCUGGA